AUGACUGCAGUACGAGGCCCGCGUCUCCAGGUCGGGUCCGCGGCGUGGGUCGGGGAAGAGCGAGCAUCUGCGCUGGAGAUUGUGCAGUCAGAAGUAGAUGAAUUCUCUUACUCUGCUCACAAUGAGAUUGAAUGGCUUAAUGAGCACAUGGCUGCAAUCUUGAACGAGAACGAAGUUAACAUCACAGAAGCUUUUAAAACUCCCAGUAAACUUAGGGGCAAAACACCCCAUACAACUCGGAAGGCUAAUGCAGCAGAGACACGAGUGCCUCUGUCCGAUGUAUUCAGAGCAGCAUCUCCUAGUGUUUCGAAUAAUCAACCUCCUGCCCCUACCACUCGUUUCCAGCCUCCUCAGCUACACCAGGUCGCGGCAAAAGCAAUACCACUAGUCACCAAACCCGUCUCCCCUCAGCGACAUGUUUUUUCUCCCCAGCGACCGCCCCCUCCUCGAGCUAUGCAAGAUUCCGGUUAUUAUGGAAGCCAGGAAUUUAUUGCCACGGACCCUAGCGAAGCUGCAGAGCCCGAAGACCUUGCGAGUCCCUACAGCGAUAUUGUGUUACCCCCUGGCGGAUCUUCCAUACGGCGAAGUCCGGUUCGAAAAAUUGUUUCAGUGUCUCCCACAAAGACGUUUCCUGCGACAAAAGAGGAUUCAACAUCACAUAAUCUGCCAGAUGUGCCAUCCGAUGCUGCACAAGAUGAACCAAAGAUAUCAGCUAGAGAUUUCGAUGUGGAUGAAUCAUCUUCUGAGCCAGCUGGAUCAAGCCCUAUUAGGACCGUAGUUCGAAAAAGUAGCUUGAAUUUUGCUUCGUUGCCAGCUAGGGAGCCUCUUACCUCGGGCAAAAGCCUUGGUGCCCGACAGUCUCGGAACAGCCAUUUCGAUACCGGCAACAGUAGCAGAACAAGCUACUAUCAAAGACAAACUGGUGGGAAAAGUCUCGGAAAUCUCGCUAAGCACGAGUCUUUAUACGAGGACAAAGCCGACGGUAUGGAAGUGGAUGCACAAGACGCGUCCCCCGUUUAUGAGGCCUCCGAGGCUGAUCGACCUGGCGUGAACCAUACGAAGACAUAUACGCAGAGAUUACAAGACCAAAUCAGCAUGCUGAGCAAACCACAAGGCAGCUUUGGACAAACUAAGCAGACAUUAAAUGCGGCCGCGACACAACAAGACUCUAUUCAAGCACAGUCCGUUACGAGUCCAAAGGCGCCCUCUGCCGAUAAGGAGCCAACAUCUCGGGGCCUUUUCAAUGCCGUAAAAUCAGCAUCUUCAUCAACUAUGCCUACGGAUUCCUCUGCUCUGGCGAGGGACACUGCCCCCUUAUCCAAAGCAAUCUCCAUAUCGAACCCCAGCCUGGCGAUGUCGCAAGAUGACUUCGCUGAUACCCCUUCUAAAUCACCCACUCGGGGCUUCCGGGAUAGUCCUCUGAAGCAAGUCAAGAGCAAGCUGUCGUCUAUUCUGAAAAGCUCUCGCGGGCUACUUGCUACAAAUGCAGACGGUAAGGCUCUUAUGUCACCAUCGACCACCCGUCUGGCGUUGCAUGCGGGACCAUCUUCAGAGUCUGUCGUUUUGAAGUCCCAGGAGAUGGAAUCUCAAACUGUGGAAUCUGCGAGCCCAACAAAGCCAAUUGCACGUCGCACUAGAGCGUCGACAGAGCGGGAAAAGGAACAGAAGCGCCGAGAGAAUGAAGUUAAGCGCAUGGAAGAGCAGAUGGAUAAGCUUGACAAGGCACGAGAGAAAGAGCGAGAAAAGGCUCGAGCAUUUACCCAAGAACAAGAGAAAGUGGCCACUAUGGAAAAGGAGAUUGCUGCCAAGAGACAAGACGAGAGACUGGCAAUCAAGCCACCUUCCAAUCCCUCCAAGGCUGGCCCGUCCAGUCCCCGCAAGCUGAGAGCUGGCGAGCCGUCUCAGUUCAGACAAGCUGAUCAAGAUACUGACAUGUCUGACUCUCAGCCUCCUAUGCCCCCUCCUUCUUCUUCCAAGCCGACUCAGCCCGGCCGCGGUAAGGACAACAAACGGCCAGUGAAACCAGUGAAAGAGGCACCCUCAAAAAUAAAAGCCCCCCCUACGGUUAUUAGAGUCAAUACCGGCUCACAACAUUCACAAUUUCAGCCUGCUGGCAGCCGAGUAUCCACAGCAUCUCAUGACACCUUGAACUCUAACCAUUCGACGGCCUCAUCAAAAACCAGCAAGUCCUCUUAUCAGGCAAAGUCUUCAGUACCUAAAGCUGCUCCCCCCUCUGCUGGUCGAUCCAAAGCUGCAGAAUUGGCCGCCAGGAAAAAGGAGCAAGAUGAGAGGGAAUCGCAACGGCGCCGUGACGCAAAGGCAGAAAUGGAGAAAAAGCGAAUUGCAGCACAAGAGGAGCAGCGAAAGCAAGACCAACAGCGACGCCUUGAGUUGGAGAGGCAGAAACAGCAGGAAGAAGAGAAGAAAAGGCAGGCUGCUAUUGAAAAGGCCAAGCAGACGAGAGCCCCUCCCCCAGCGGUACGAUCACAGCCAAAUGGCCCACCAGAUUCAACCUUGGCUCAGCAGAGGUCGGCAUUUUCAAAAGCUGAGGGUCAACCUGCUCGACCGCCCUCCCGAUUGGCUGGCAUGCGCGAUGAAUCAAGCAGACCUGCUAGCACCAUUCUAUCCAACGCCGCCAAAGCGGGUGCGAAACGCACCCUGGGACCGGAGACGAAUGAUGAUACUUAUUCUAGACCCCCGCCCUCUCGAGGUGCGCCGGCAUACCACACCAAGGAUUCUAAGCGGCGCCGGACCAGUGAACACGGCGAGGAUGAGUCGGACGUGGACAAUGCUCCAAAACUCAAAGGCCCACCAGUGAGGCCGUCAACAGGUUUCAAAAAGGCAUGUCUUAACUUAACUUGUGCCACCUAUAUGGACCUUCAAAAGACUAAUAACUUGCAGGAUCUGCCGACAAAGUCUGCCUUCCAGAAUGGAUAUGCGGCUGCCUCGCACAGUGCCACUCGAGAUUUGUUCAAGGCCGCCGUCACAGCCCAACACAAUAGCCAUAUCAAAGCAGCCAACCCUCUUGAUAUGGCCCAGAUCUCAAAGGGCCCGAUUCCAUUUGCACCAGGCUCGAGUGCCGCUGGGUCUUCUCAUAAGACGCCGGCCCGUCCAGGGCAGUUGGCUAGUGUUAAAGGGAGCGUGAGGAAGGCCUCGCCACGGUUCCAGAAUGGCGAUUCGAUUGAGCUUCCUGAGAUUCAGACUGACGAUGACGAUGACGACGACGACGAAACUCAAGGAAUGAAUGUGGCUGCAUGGGCCGACUCUCCUGACUUGCGCCGUGCUCUCAUGAGGCAAGAGACGAUGGACCCAUCGCAGAUCUUUGGUCCACCGGCACCCUUGAUCAUGGAAGAAGUUUUCAAUAAGAGCAAAGAUAAAUGGCACAAGUUCCGCCAGAGGACGUCUAGUGCCAACUGGAGUGGCCUGGAUCGUUUGACUGAAGAUGACAUCAGAAAGGAUAUGGCGGCUCGUGAUAAGCUGCGCCGAGACGGAGGAUGGUCGUAUGAGAUGAGCAAAGACAUGUUAUAA